CUCCGAAGCAGGAGGCAGGCAGGUACGGAUGCUCCCCUCCUGAUUCCCUUUCCCGCAACCUUCCCGCCGUGUUUCAUCAUUUCUCCUGGGUCACCGAAGUCAACACCAGGCUGCUGGGAAUCUGGGCUCGCCCAUUCGCACAUCAAUGUCGAGCGCCAGCCUGCCAGGUGGGCUGCCUCCACGUUUUUUGCUCCCCUAUGCCUGGUUUUUCUUGUUCCUGACUUAUGGACGUGCCCACACUGACGCGCUUCUGGCUACAGGAUCAGGUUCGCACCGACAAUCCCAACCCUGCCGACGUCGCCUCUACUGUCUAUCGGAGAAGAGGUCCAAGAAAAGGAGGAGAUUGUCAAUUGCUGGCUGUGCAGUAUGGUUUCGGCUGAUAUCACUGCGUCUCUGAAGAUCGGAUAUGAGUGUAUGUCUCUGGAGUAGCUUGUUCGCCAGAUGACAUAAUAGGCAGUUUGACGAGACCCAGACCCCUUCGGCGGCAUCGCUGAUACUUCAUCCUCAUUUUCACCGCGAGCGAAUCAAAAAACGGUAUCAGGCAAGCAGGAUGGCUCUUCAGGGCCGUUCCGCAGGCCCCGAGCUAAGGUAGCACUGGGGGCAGGCAAACGAGCCGGCGACGAACAAGGGCACAUGGCGGAUACCAAUAAAGCAUGUUGGUACGAACAGUAAUACACCGUAUGGAUACCUACUCGAUACUCCGCACCACUGGCUUGAGUUGAGGCUUGAGGACGUUUGGAUUUUAC